UUCUGAAAUUUUAAAAUUUUUGCUUCUUUAGAACUAUGAAACUAUAAAAGCUAUAGAAAUAUAUUUUUUCGAAAUAUAUAUAUAUACACACACACACAGACACACAUAUAGUUUAAAAAUAUAUAAUUCUAAAUAUUUAAUGGUCAUUAAAAGUUAGAGAAUCGAUCUACAUAUUUAUGUAUAGAGAUCACUAUAUUGUGUGUAUGUAUAUGAUGUAAAUAUGAUGUGUACGUGUGUGUGUAUAUAUGAUGUAUAUAUUUACAUCAUGUGUAUGUGUAUACGACACAUACAUUUAUAUGUAGAGACGACCGAGAAUUUAUUUUUCAGCAUUGGUAAUUCUGAAAUCAGAGUUUUGUAUUAUCAUCACGCGCGCGCGAGAUCUCCAAUAUCAAUUCUCCAAGCUCGUGUUCUUGUUGGAGAAUGGAUUCUUCGUCUUAUAAACGAAAACCGGUCGCUUAUUUAACGAGGAAAGUUCAAAUUUCUUGUUGUCACCGUUUGAAUAGCCCAUUUUUGAAUGAGCAUGAAAAUGCAAGAGUGUAUGGAAAGUGCAACAAUAUUUGGGGUCAUGGUCAUAAUUACACAAUAGAAGUAACUGUUCGCGGACCAAUAGAUCCAUCAACAGGAAUGGUUCUUAAUCUGACAGACUUGAAAGACUGCAUGCAGAAGGUGGUGAUAGAUCAAAUGGAUCAUAAAAAUAUUGAUAAGGAGCUGGAUCAUUUCACAAACACAGUAUCUACAAGCGAAAAUAUUGCUGUUUACAUUUUCGAGCAGCUAAAAAAGCAAAUGUCUAAUCCUGAAUUAUUGUAUGAAGUCAAAGUUCAUGAAACUGAUAAAAAUGUUAUGUAUUUUAGAGGCGAAUACGAUGAAAAUGUAUCUUCCGAUUUUUAAUUACACCAUUUAUACAAAUUUGUAUAUUUUUUAGUGUUCUUUUUUUUUUACAUUUUUAUUACUCAUAUACUACAACUUUUAAAAAAAUAAAAUUAUUAUACAUAAACCAUAUGUUAUAAAACAUACAGAUAUUAAUAUACACAUUCCUAUUUCAUCAUAAUUUCAUUUAGUUAGAUAUGAUUAUGUAGAUAUACAUAUAUGCUAUGUACAAUAUAACUACAAGUUGAAAACUGUUUACUCUCAUAUCUUUUUAUUAUUGCACAUAUGUAGAUACAGUCUCAAAUUGUAGAUAACUAUGAAAUCCUGAGUAUAUUAUUUAUAUGUAUGUGUGUAUACAUGCACGCGCGCGCGCAUCACAUAGAACAUGUACACUCAGGAAUUUUAACACACAUACAUAUACAUAUAAGUUAAAUAUACUUAUACUAUAUGUUUACAUAUAGAUAUUUAAAAUAUAAAUUGCGCAUUGCGUUUUUAAGUAAUGAUUAGAAAACAUAUAAAAAUAGUCUUUUGUAAAAAAGUUAACAAGAGUACA